AUGGAGCCAGCAUCUAGUUGUGUUUCAAUUCAUUCGCAAGCUGCGUCUAUUGUUAAGUAUAAUGGGCUGAAUUUUGCUGAGUGGCAUGAACAAAUCCAGUUUCACCUCGGUGUUUUGGAUCUUGAUCUAGCACUCUUGAAUGACAAGCCCGUUGCUAUUAAUGAUAAUAGCAGUGAUGAUGAUGUUGCUUUCCAUCAAGCAUGGGAAAAAUCGAAUAAACUCAGCUUAAUGCUUAUGCGAAUGACACUUGGAAACAACAUUAAGUCCACAAUUCCCAAAUUUAACAGUGCUAAGGAUAUGUUGAAACAUGUGGAGGAAAAUUCACAUUCUGAAUGUGCUGAUAAGGCCCAAGCAGGCACUCUUAUGAGUAAACUAGCCAACAUGAAAUUUGAUGGUUCGUGUUCCAUGCAUGAUCAUGUCACUGAGAUGUUGAGCUUAGCAGCAAAAUUAAAGUCCAUGGGAAUGGACGUGAAUGCCACUUUCCUUGUACAAUUUAUUUUAAACUCUUUGCCUCUUGAGUAUGAGACAUUCCAAGUGAAUUACAAUUCCAUUAAAGAUAAGUGGAAUGUGUUCGAAUUGCAUGAAAUGCUAACUCGAGAGGAAACGAGGCUUAAGAGACAAUGA